UUCUUCGUUCCUUAAUUUGUUUUAGAAUCUACGACAGUGUGACCAAUAAGGAAAGGGAUGCAUAAAAAAGGAAGAAGCGAGGAGGACCGACACCAGAGAAGAAAGUGUUAUUCUUUUCCUUUCUGUGAUUAUUCUUUAGCCAUUUGUGGAAGUGCGGUUUCCAGCUUUAGUAUCCUCUUACCCUUCAUAAGUCCCCUAAGGUUCAGAGAACGACUGAGAUGGGAGCCCAAGAGUGAAGAGAUCACAGUUCAGAUCAGAAGAACGGUAGAGUGACAGAGAGAGAGAGAGAGAGAGAGAGAGAGAGAGAGAUGGUGAGGGGCAAGACGGAGGUGAGGCGGAUAGAGAACGCGGCCAGCCGGCAGGUGACCUUCUCCAAGCGCCGCAACGGCCUCCUCAAGAAGGCAUACGAGCUGUCCGUCCUGUGUGACGCCGAGGUGGCCCUCAUCGUCUUCUCCAGCCGCGGCAAGCUCUGGGAGUUCUGCAGCUCCUCCAGCAUCGAAAAGACGAUGGAUCGCUACUUGAUGCAAACAAAGGAUGUGAAUACCAAACACAGCGCAAUGACCCAAGAGAUGAAGGAUCUGAUGUCUGAGGCCACUAAUAUGACAAAGAAGAUUGAACUUAUUGAAGCCCAUAAAAGGAAGCUCCUUGGUGAAACUUUGGAAACUUGUUCAGCAGCAGAACUGCAUGAACUAGGGAAUCAGCUGGAGGAGAGCCUGAGACAAAUUAGGAAGAGAAAACAAUGCCUCCUAGCCGAGCAAAUCGCAGAGCUCAGAGAGAAGGAUCUCUGUUGUUUUAUGUAUGAAACCCAGGAGAAGAGCCUUUUAAAGGAGAAUAAAUUAUUACAUGAAAAGUUCAAGGGAGGAAAUAUGCUACGAUUAAAUGCAGCAGAGGUUCAAAGCAUGGAGGUAAACACACAGCUGAUGAUUGGGAGGCCAGCAACUCUCUGAAGUGACAAUACCUCAGAAUGCUCAUUGACCUUCGAUUUUAAGUAACCUACAUCUGUUAAUGCUGCUUCUAAGCACUGAGUUCUGUGGAUACACAAAUGUGUCUACGGCCAAAGAACCAUAAGGAAGUAAAGCUGAACUUAGAACACCUUAUGGUAGGUGAUGAAAUAAGUAAAUAUCAUGCUAAGAUUCAUGUAUCAGUCAGACUUGUUGAGCAAUGCUGAUUGCCUGCAAUAAAUUAGUAUGAUCCUUAGAUGUUGAACGGCAUACAGAGGUCUGACUACUUCAUGCAAGAUUAGUGAAGGUGUAUAUUAAAUCCUUGCAGUAAGGACAGCAUAUCAAGGUUUCUUUGGUUCUCAAGCUGCAUGCGGUCACGGGGUCUGAGGUUUCUCUUCCGUCCGAAGCAGUGGGAGGGAGCAAAAGAUGUAUGAGUGUGACGAUCGACAAGUAGCGCUGCCGGACGCCACAGCCAAAGAGAGAAAGCAACGAGACGUAGUAGUUAUAGUAGGCUUGUCAAGUGAGAUCCCAUCAAAUCUUUGUCAGAGAAAGAAAGCAAGACUUUGACCUAA